AUGGGAACCUUGGGUUUUCUCCUUCCUUAUGAUAUUCAGGCUUUCCCAGUCAUUUUAGAUGACGUCGUCCACUCACGCUUCAUGCUUGCGCUACGAAAGCGCAUGUGCAUGGCUCUGUGGGACAAGUCACCUGGUGAUUGCUUAUGGCUGCCUGGUGAACAAGCAUGCCGUGAACUGCAUUUCAUGAAUGAAGUGGUUCUUCAUCGCGGAAGAGAACCUCACAUGACCACCAUGGACGCCUUUGUCAAUGGUGAACACUUAACACGCACUAUAGCAGACGGUCUCAUUGUCUCCACGCCAACCGGCUCUACGGCAUAUUCACUGUCAGCUGGUGGUCCUAUUGUGCACCCCUCUGUGUCUACUAUGGUCCUAACACCCAUAAGUCCGCGCUCCCUGAGUUUCCGGACUAUCCUGUUGCCAGACAGUGCUCAGAUCCAGAUCUUUGUAUCGCCCGAUUCGCGCUCUCCUGCGGAGGUCAGCGUCGAUGGGAGAACUGUCCACACUUUAAUCAAGCAACAGUCAGCCAGUGUGCAAAUGUCGCCCUUUCCUAUUCCAUGCAUUACUUUUUCUCCAGAGUGCAAUUUUGCUCGGCGAAGUGGAUCCCUGUCUGAUUCAAGUGACGCGCCUAUGAUACACGAUGGAUGGGUGCACGAUAUCAACACUCUUCUGCGCUUCAAUACGUCAUUCACUCCCCGAGGCCAUGUUCUCUCGGACGAACAGCGUGCCGAAGCUGCCUACGCAGGAACUGUUCGCGCUAAGCUUGCUGCGCAGCGAAAGAAACAAACUCGCAGGUAG